CACAAUUAUCGUUUCUGAAUCGCGGUAUGUUGGAUUGACAACAUGAACUCAUAUCCUCCAGAACUUCUUGUACAGCUUGCUCCGAGGAUGUUUGUUGGUGGACUGGAUCCUCCACAACCUCCCGGCGAGGGCCGCGAUCCGUUCGCAGUGCUGUCGUACCGGCUGCGCGAAGCGCUGCUCAACCAACGCAAAGUUGCGAUUUGGCAACCAGAGAGAAACAAGACGUUUCAGGUCGUGAUUGUCGACAAGGACGUGCGCUUUCCGCCGCGCAAACUCGUCCCGCCGGACGACCCGCAAUACUCCAGCGCGCAUUCGCCGUUGUCUCCGCUUACCCCUACAUCUCCACUCUACCCGGACGGGCUCAUAGCGCCGAUAUGGGUCCGCAAGCAUACCACGCUCGUCCCGUCCGUAUUCGUCAUGUUCAUGCACAUCUUCGAGCCCUCUCAAAAUGCGCCGCAUUCCCCGCUUGACACUGGAGAUGGAGACCACGAGAGAGAGGCAGAGGAGCGGAUGAGGGACAACGAGCUGUGCGCGGAGAUUGCGCAGAGGAAGAAGUCAACGAGCGAGCGGGGAGUCAAGCUGACGGUGGUGCUGUUGGCGAGUAGACGGAUGCUGGACAACCCGUCGUUGGACGGCCGCUUAACAUACAUCCGGAGACAGAGCGGGCUUGACCCGCGGGCGGCCCUUUUCGUGCUGAGUCCAGUAUCGCAGGCCGAGAUCGGCGAUUUUGUACGCAGCCUGCAGGAGGCUCUGUACGAGCCCGCCCUGGAGUAUUACACGAACCACUCGAAGCGCGUGCGCCGAAAGCGCAAUCGCCACUCCCAGGCAGGGACGUCGUAUGCUGCACCGAGCCUAGCUGGGAGCAAGUCGGCCGCACGGCCGCUCAGGCCGGAGGGCUGGACGGUCAGAUACGAGUACAAGAUGGCAUGCUUUGCGGAGUUUCGUGGAGAGGACGAGGUUGCGCUGAAGCACUAUCAGGAUGCAUAUUCGACGCUGCUCCUGAUGUUUGGGUCGACUGCGAUCCUGCCCCCUCGUACCAAGCGUUGGGCAGAGGCAAAGGUGCUGUCCGACUGUAUCGACCUCAAAGUAUGCCCUGCACGCAGUAACGACAGCCAUCAUCGAAUUCACUGUUCCUCCAGAUAUGCAAGCUGUAUCUGUAUAACAAUGAGCACGCACUCGCACUCGCACAGCAUACUAGCCACAUGCGCAAAUUUGCAGACUUCUCACGGGGUUGGGGAAUAGGCGAGGAGACGUACGAGUUCUGGAGCUGGCUCGCGAGACAGUCAGUCUCGUCUCAGGACUGCCUUAAUACCUACGCCUAACGGCAGCCAAUUGCAGACAUCGCGCCUUCGCGGAACUGCUCGAGC